AAGCCCGGGCCCCGGGGAGCCACCCCGCCCCCCGGCCCGGCCGCGAGGCUCGCGCCCCCCGCCGGGUCCCCACCUCCGCGCCCGCCCCGCGGGUUGACCUGCCGAGCCGGCCCGCCCCGGCGCCCACCAUGUAUGCCUUUGUGCGGUUCCUGGAGGACAACGUCUGCUACGCGCUGCCCGUGUCGUGCGUGCGCGACUUCAGCCCCCGCUCGCGGCUGGAUUUUGACAACCAGAAGGUGUACGCCGUGUACCGGGGCCCGGAGGAGCUGGGCGCCGGGCCCGAGAGCCCCCCGCGCGCCCCCCGCGACUGGGGCGCGCUGCUGCUCCACAAGGCCCAGAUCCUGGCGCUGGCAGAAGACAAAUCCGACCUUGAAAACAGUGUGAUGCAGAAGAAAAUAAAAAUCCCCAAACUUUCUCUCAAUCACGUAGAAGAAGAUGGGGAGGUUAAAGAUUAUGGGGAAGAAGAUUUACAGCUUAGACACAUCAAGAGACCUGAGGGGCGGAAGCCGAGCGAAGUGGCGCACAAGAGCAUCGAGGCAGUGGUAGCCCGGCUGGAGAAGCAGAACGGCCUGAGCCUGGGCCACAGCACGUGUCCAGAAGAGGUCUUCGUGGAGGCCUCACCGGGCACGGAGGACAUGGACAGUCUGGAAGAUGCUGUUGUGCCUCGGGCUCUGUAUGAGGAGCUGCUGCGCAACUACCAGCAGCAGCAGGAGGAGAUGCGCCACCUCCAGCAGGAGCUGGAGCGGACUCGGAGGCAGCUGGUCCAGCAGGCCAAGAAGCUCAAGGAGUACGGGGCACUUGUGUCCGAAAUGAAGGAGCUGCGUGACCUCAACCGGAGGCUCCAGGAUGUGCUGCUCCUGAGGCUUGGCAGUGGUCCCGCCAUUGACUUGGAAAAAGUAAAGUCAGAAUGUCUCGAGCCUGAGCCGGAGUUACGGAGCACUUUCAGUGAGGAAGCAAAUACGUCGUCCUAUUACCCCGCUCCUGCACCUGUCAUGGACAAGUAUAUCCUAGACAAUGGCAAGGUCCAUCUGGGAAGCGGGAUUUGGGUUGAUGAGGAGAAAUGGCACCAGCUGCAAGUAACCCAAGGAGAUUCCAAGUACACAAAGAACUUGGCAGUCAUGAUUUGGGGAACAGAUGUUCUGAAGAACAGAAGCGUCACAGGAGUUGCCACAAAAAAAAAGAAAGAUGCGGUCCCAAAGCCGCCCCUCUCGCCCCACAAGCUGAGCGUCGUCAGAGAGUGUUUGUAUGACAGAAUAGCACAAGAAACUGUGGAUGAAACUGAAAUUGCACAGAGACUCUCCAAAGUGAACAAGUACAUCUGUGAAAAAAUCAUGGAUAUCAAUAAAUCCUGUAAAAAUGAAGAACGGAGGGAAGCAAAAUACAAUCUGCAAUAAACUUUGGAUUUUUCAUAAAGCCUUCUCGUUGUCCUUGCGUGGCGUGUGAUUUGCGGGUGAUGGUGUGAUCCAGAUCAGACCCCAUGGAGCGUGGUGGUGUGCGGGCAGGAAGCCGGUAGGGUUCUGGGAUCAGCGGCCUGUUCUGAACCUGGACUUCUCACUCCAAAGAAGGCAGACGGAUUUGCCCCAGAACCUGGCGCCCGUAUCAUCUGGGGACGGGGAAAGCACUUGUCUUUUUGGAGGGGGAUAAACUGUCUCUGAGUUGCCUAUCCCUUGAUGGAGAAUUUGAACUGAUAUUUUUACCAUUCAAGGACUUCUAUCUCUGUUCCUCUAUUUUGUUCUAAUAAAGUUUCAUUAAUUCUUUGA